UUCGGCCAGAGGACAUAUGAUUCACAUACAGAACAAUGCGGCAUAGUGUUUUUUGAUUACGGUGGUUGGUUGUACUGUGAGAAUACGAAAAACGGUUUAAUGUCAAGGGGGAAGGGCAUUUCUGUUUAACGCACAAUUAAAAUAAUAUUUGUGCAAGUUCUUCGUGUCGGUUUUUAGGUGACAAAACUGUGGAAUGGCCCUUUUGCAAGCAAGUAAAGCUUUCAUGCUUCUGGGCAGGUGUGUACCGUCAGUAAAACAAAAUGCAUCAAAAAUUCAAGUUAAACGACUGGUAUUAGAUGAAAACUUACAUAUGUACUUUGGAGAAUUUGAGUACUAUUAUGCUCAUGAUCCUGGGAAAAUCUGCAAAACUGGAGAUGUGGUUUUGAUACAACAGCUCCCAGAGAAAGUGACAAGGCUCAUAACACAUCAAGUUCUGGAAGUGGUAUACCCAUUAGGAGAUGUGACAGAUCCCAUCACUGGCAAGAAAGUUGUAGUUGGUAAAUACAGGGAUGAAAUUGAAGAGGCCAACAAAUUGUUUGGAGAGUCGGCAGGUAGAUUCAUGUAUGAUAAGGCCCCAAAGAGAGGCUGGCAAGAAGACAAGAAGGAUUUUACAAACAGAGAAACUUAUAUCAAAUACCAUGUAUUUGAAAAUGAUGACCAACCAUAUGCUGUGUGAUUGUACUUAUUACAUGUAGAAUAAAUUUAUGUUAAUUUCA